UUGCUAUACUUGCAAUCGAGUAUGGUUGGUUGAAUUUAUCAAUAUAUUCAGUUUACUGUCCAACAGUUAAAUUUAUAUCAUUUUUAAUUCAUAGGAAUACUAAAUCGUUAAUUAUGGGACUAAUAUCUUAGAUUCUAAUGGAUGACGAACAAAAUAUUUGAUUCUAUAGAGAUUGCAAGUUAAAAAGAAGAAUUCGCAAUCAUGUCAAAGAUAACAGGUUAUGAUACGCACGACGACGGGCCAGGAUUCGUGGGAAUUCGAUUUUGCCAAGAGUGCAAUAAUAUGUUAUAUCCGAAAGAGGAUAAAGAGAACAAAGUGCUCAUGUAUGCGUGCAGAAAUUGCGAUUUUAAACAACUGGCUGACAGCAAUUGUAUCUAUGUAAACAAGAUCAUGCACGAAAUUGACGAGCUGACACACAUCGUUGCUGACGUGAUAUCGGAUCCUACUUUGCCGAAAACAGAAGAACAUCCAUGCCCAAAGUGCAAUCACAGAGAAGCUGUAUUUUUCCAGGCACAAACUAGGCGGGCUGAGGAAGAGAUGAGAUUGUAUUAUGUGUGUACGAAUCAGCAUUGUUCACACAGAUGGACAGAGUAAAACAGAAAAAAAAGAUUAUCCGGUGUACUUCUUCCCUGCUUGUAUGCGUAACUUAAUUCUUAAGUUGAAUAAUAUUGUAACGUAAUUUUUAAACUGUAUAGUAUUGUAAUGUAAACGAGAAGAUGCAUAUUGUAACAUUUAUAAUAAAAAUUGUAAAAAAUGGAAAAA